AAAUGCUGUGUAAGGUUUUCCUGCUUGCAACGCAACCCUAGUACGUGCUCGAGUCGCCCGGUUCCUGUUCCCACGUCCUCCCGCUAGUACUACUAGUAGUACACGUCACGGCACGAGCCUGCAAACUUGACGGAGUGUCGCAUUCUAGCUAUCGCUGCCUCUGCCAGGCGCGGUCCAGGCAGUGGAAGAACAACGAUGUCGACACCCCGGCUGGCGCCGCACCGAGGGAUGGAGCUGCAUGUGUUGCUGCUUGGCAGCAUUGCGUGCCUUGUGGCUCUCAGGGGAGUAGCGUCAGUGCGAGUGCAUGCAGCCGAUGUGAGGAGUCUCUUGGUGCUGGCCAGUGAGUGGAACAACUUCCAGGGCAGUGAGACGUGGGGGCUGCGCUACGCGGACUGCAAGGCGCUGGAUGGAAUUGCUUGUGACCGAGAUGGUUUCGUCACUGACAUAUUUCUACAGAUGAAGAGCUUCAAUGCACCAAUACCGGACAUGAUCAGUCAGUUUCAGCACCUCACCCAACUGGCGCUUCCAUUCUGCCAUCUCAAAGGCAGCAUCCCUGAUGGCCUCUUCAACCUGACAUCGCUUGUCGCUCUCUCCUUACUCGGAAAUUCUGUCACGGGGACAAUCCCUGUAGGCAUCAGCCGCUUGGUCAACUUGCAAAUUCUUGCUCUUCAUGUCAAUCAGCUGUCAGGUCCCAUCGACCCACUGUGCAACUUGCCUCAGCUUAGAUACCUCAAUCUCAAUCAGAACGCCUUUAAUGGCUCUCUUCCCAACGACCUUGGCACUCUCACCAACCUCUUCACCCUACACGUUGAAGAAAACUCGUUCUCUGGCAGCAUCCCCUCUUCCUUGGGCAACAUCACGUUGCUGGUGGACUUGGUUCUGAGCUACAACCAGCUCACUGGGACCAUACCUGACUCCCUCAGCCGCUUGAACAGCCUCACACUGCUCAAGCUGGCAAAGAAUCAGCUCACGGGGCCCAUCCCCGAUUCACUUGGAACCGUUCCCUCUCUCUCGUUGCUUCUGCUGCAGUACAAUCUCCUGAGCGGCACCAUCCCAGCGUCACUGGCGUCGCUGCACAAGCUCAAAUACCUGUUGCUCUCUGUCAACCAUCUCUCGGGAAGCAUACCUGCUGGGUUGGGCGAUCUGCCUCUUCUGCACUACAUGUGGUUGUCUUUCAACCAGAUGUCUGGAUCAAUCCCUACGGCCAUUGCGAAACUCACCAACCUUCAUUCCUUGGACCUGUCAGGCAAUCAUCUGCAUGGGAUCAUCCCCAGCACCCUCCAGAACCUCUCCAAGCUCCAAUUUCUUGGACUGUCGUUCAACCAGCUCCAGGGCCCGGUGGAGCCUGUCAUGCGAGGCAUGGCCAACAUCACUUACCUGUACCUGACCAGCAACCAGUUCAGUGGGCGACUGCCCAGCCCGCCGUCAGCAGGCAUCAAGUCGUACAAGGUGGAGGGCAACUUCUUCUCGCACGGGCAGGUCAAUUUCAGCAACUGCUCUGCCGUCACAUGGACCACCCUUGACAACUGCCUCUCUCCUUACCUGGGCAUUUGCGGCCUCGUUUACCCCCAGAGAUCUGCUGGAGGGUGUGCUGCAUUCUGUGGGGUGGAGGUUGGUGCGACGAGCCCAGUGUGUGGGGGGCAUGGCUCCUGCUUUGUCAAUGCUUUCACAGGAUCAGCGGAGUGUGCAUGCGAUCCCAACUACAUGCUCAACAGCAGCAACGGCAAUGCCUGUGUGCCUGGAGCUGCCCGGACCUCUCUGGCAUCCGACUCUGCCUAUGUCUCUCUUCGGGGCUCUGCCUCUGUGCUUUCCAACGGCUCCAUUCUGCUCACAAAUGGCGCUGCCAACCAGCAGGGUGCAGCGUUUGGCUCACCUGCCGUGCGCCUCUUCUAUUUCCCCGACAAGCGGUCGCGCUGCGGAACGGAGCUGGGCUUCCUUGCUGCCUUCAGCUUUGCCAUGAGUCCCGGGGGCCAGGGGGGGGGAGGGAGGGGCUUGCGUUUGUGGUGGCAGCAACUGCUUCCGAAAAAGGGGGCGAGUGUGGGGCUGGGAGGGGUGGGGCGGCGGAGUGUGGGGGUGGAGUUUGACUCGGUGCUGAGUGUGAAGCACAGCGACCCCAACGACAACCACGUGGGCGUCAAUGUGGGCGGCUCACCUGUGUCCCUCGCCUCUGCCACGGCCCCUCUCAUCCUCAACGACGCCCAAACCAAGCACGCCUGGAUCCACUACGACCCCACCAGCGGCGGCACUCUCCGAGUCUUCCUCUCCUCCGACCCCGUGCAGCCCCCCACCCCCACCCUCACAGCGAGUGUGUCCCUCUGCUCUGCUCUCAAGCCCACUGCAUCCGACUCUCUCUUCCUCUUCGGCUUUGUUGCUCUCUCGAGCACCGCGCCCCAAAAACAUGCCAUUUUGUCCUGGGAUUUCACCACAGGUGUUCCACCUGUAGGGCAAUAGCAUCGUAUUGGAAAGGGUAUUGCAUUGUUCGUGGUUAAAUGUUAUUAAAACCAGACUAGAAUAGCACACCCUGGGCGCUCUUAAAACUCUUUUUCGGGGGUCAGAAAAAAUAAUGGCCCGGCCUGGAGAACUUUCCACCGAACGAAGCGAAAAAUACCGUAAUCCCCCGUAUAUAACACCCGCCGAAAUAGUCACUCCGCGGGUGGUUUAUGCGGGGGAGAGCUUAUGAUAGGGUGAAUUUAGGAGAGCACCCGCUUUUCGGGGGCUGCAUUUUACAUAACACCCUCCUCGUUUUAUGCAGCAAAGAAAUGAGAAAUUUUUUU